UUUGUAGCAUGGCUUUAUAGGCUAUUCGUAAUUCGUAUCAUGCAUUGAUAUAAUAAUAAUGGUACUAUCAUGGCCGAAUUUAAAUCUUCAUGUUGGUAGUACCGAUUAAAAGGAAUGCGGAUAUGACGAAUGACCGACAAUGAGCAAUGAAAUAGAGAAUGACGGAUUGUGAUUGCGUCUGUUCUGUGGAUGGAUUGUGGAUUGUGUUGUGAUUUGUGUACAACUUGUGAUGGACGACUCACCUCAGUCGACACUCGACAGCUCAUCGUUUAAAUAUUGUUUUAUGCGAUAUUUAGCAUAAAUUCUUAAACGAUCCAGUGUUUUUCAUUAUUUCGCAAAGUACAAAAUGUGGGAUCCGACACAUGUUCAAGUUACUGUGCAAAAAGCUAGAGGUUUGCUGAUAAAAGGCAAAAACGGUACAAAUAACUGUUUUGUUACAAUCUCUCUUGGUAAAGAAAAAUUUCAAACUUCCGUGAAACACAAGGCAACAGAGAAUGUCGAAUGGUUUGAAGAGUGUGAAUUACGCAUUCCUUCGCAGGGGAACACGGCCGAGAUCGUGUUGAAAGUCUACGACGAGGAUUUCGUUAAGGAUCAUUUACUAGGUCAAGUAUCGAUUCCGUUAAAAGACCUCGAUGUGUACGAACGACCAAGGAAUCGAGUGUAUCCCUUACGCGGUAAAGCCGGGAAAGAAAACGACAAAAGCAGGGGUGAGCUGGAAGUUAAAAUAGGCUUUACUGUUAAAGAGGGAAGCUUAAAUGAUUUAAGCAAGAAAGAAAAGCACAAGUCUUCUUUAUCUAGUAUCGCCCAAAAUGUUGGCGGCAGCCUUAUGAGCAUCGGUAGCAUAGAGAAACGUAAGGGCUUAAAAAAGUUUGCAAAAAAUCUGGGCUCCAAAAUAAAUUUAACAAAGAAAGAUAAGAAGAGUGACUCAUCAUCUCUAGGCGGCAGUGUCGGUAAUCUCAGGGCUUCUGUACUAUCGACACCUGAUACUUCUACACCAAAAAGGUCACCCACUGAAGCAGACCCAGGUGUAAUAAGUGAAGAUGAAGAUGAAUUUGCUUUUGAUGAUUUAUCACACAAAAGUUCUGGUAGUUCACUCAAUGUACAGACCUCAUAUAUGCCCAGGACAGUGAAGUACACUCCUUCUCCAGUGAACGCUUCUCUAGAAAACCUAGGAGGUGGAGAGUUUUUAAGACGUUCCACUAGCAGUAAUUUAGUGAACACUGAGAAAACAGCUCCACUCAAACCUGUUCGUUUGAGUCUUGAUACGUUCACUCCACCACAACUGCCAGUACAGGUGCCUGAUAAAAAUGAUGAGUGGUCCCAAAAACUGUAUCCAAGAAAAUCCAUGAGCCAAACUAUGAUAGACAGAGAGAAAUCUUCAAGUCUAGAAAGAAACAAAAAAUUAGAUAGCCCCAGUUCCCUAAAAGAAAAACCUAGUCCAAAGUUCUUCAAAAAGUUUGGGAACAAUAAACCUAAGAAGUUGCUAGAAGAACGUAUAAUAGUUGGAGAAGAAAAUAUUGUUGAGGAAGAUUCUAUGAAUCUAGCAUUCAGUAACAUACCAAAAACAGUAGUACAACAAUUUGAUAGCAUGAGCCGGGAAGAUCUUAUUGUUAUGGUGUAUAAUUUACAGAAGGAUGUUGAAGCUGAGAAGAAGAAGAACAAGGAUCUGGAAAAUUAUUUAGAUGAAUUGUUACUAAGAGUGAUGGAAACAACUCCUAGGAUCCUUCAAAACCCUUACGUCAGGAAUAAUAGCAUGCAUAUCAGAAAUAAGUAAAAGUUACAUAAACAAAUUUGGAGAGUACUCCAUUCUAGCACAAGAUGCUGUGCAAAAUUUUGUUAAAUAAAUCUCUCCACUCCACUCAAUUUUUUAUACUUUACAACUAACUGAAAUGAGAUUACCUUUGUUAUAUCUAUAACUUUAUGCAAUGAUAUUACAUGUAAUGUGAUUACAACUAAAGUCGUAACUUUAAAUAGAUAUAAUUUAAUUCUAGGUCAUAGUAGUUUCUGAAAAUGAUAUAACAUGAUUUCAAUUAACUUAAUUGCUUAUUCCUAUAUAGGUAUUCACAAUUAGGCCUGAAGUCCAAACACUGUGCCUUAUCUACUUGUAAUAUUAACCACACAUACUUAAUGUUAAUGAAAAGCAAGAGGCCUAAUUGUUGAAAUCAGUUUUCAUCAAAAAAAUCAUACAUGAUUAAUUUAUUUCAUCUUGCAUGUUCUUUUAAGGUAUCAUUUCUGCAAAUAUUCUAGGUUUUGACUUUGUUGUGCCAAAUAAUUCAAAUUGCUUAACUGAUAUCAGGAAAUAUUCACCAGUAUAAGCUAAAAUAGCAUCUAGAUAUUUAGAACAAUUAUUUUAUUAUGAUGUUUUAGUAAGAUCUAAUCAUACGUAAAAAUAAAUUGUCAUGCCUGAUAAUUAAGCAUAGGUAUAAAUAAUUCUUCUGCUAACAGGGAAAAAUAUUAAUUUUGUUAGUAACAGUCACAUUGCUAAUAAUAAUUAGCUGUUUUAGUUAAUUAGGUAUUUAUUGUAAUUAAUUAGUAAGUGCAAAUACAGGGUGCAUGGAUACCCUUGUGCAAUAUAAAUUAGAUUAAGAAUUUUUUACAGAUACAUAUUUUGAAAAGAACCAAUUAGAAUUACUCUAAAAAAUAUAUAGUAUAGUGUAAAUUGUUCAAAAGCCUAUAUAAUCCUUGAGUCAUCAGCUGAUGUUAUUUAACAUGACUCAUAAAAAGUUAUGAAAUCAAAAGGAUUGUUUUUGGUCAAAUAUUCAUGAAGAUAAGUUUUAUAAAUAAAAAGCACUCUAAUACAGAUGUUACAGAUUAUUUAUUAAUCAAGUUAUUGAUCAAGAUAAAUUACUAAUUGUUUUUCUAAAUCUUAAUUCGCAAUAUAUAAAAGAGCUGAUUAGAUUGCGCUUGUUUUUCCAUAAAAUUGUUUUAUUUUCUUAAGAUUUUAUGUUUUAGAAGUGCAGUAAGAAAAUUAUUAAUAUUUAGAUUAGAAGGUAAGAUGUAUAUUUUAUUCCUCAAGAAGAUCUUUUUUGUGAAGUUUUAACUUUUAGAAUAUUUCAGCCUGCACUUCUAUUUAUGCAGAUACAUUAAUAUCUGGCAUCUUGUUACUAAAAUAAUAUAGAUUACCUUGUCAAGUAUACUAACUAAUUUUGUAUUAGGCACAACAACAACAUACAAAGGAUGAAAGAAAGUUUUGGACUAUACUAUACUAUUCACUGCAUAGUGAAAAACAGCUUUCCUCCCUGGUUUUUGUAUGUGUAAACCCAAUUAGUAUCAGAUCCUAUCAGUGCUUUUCAGGCUUCUUAAUCAUGAACCUCUGCAAAAACCAGGUGCAAGACGAGGCUACGACACAGCCAUUGUUUAUUUAUUUAUAAUGCUGACAGCCUGCUUGACAGGUAACAAGACAAGAUUAUUGAAUGGACUACCUACCUUCUAUUAUGGUUAUGGUAAGAAUAUUAGUUACAUUGAUGAUGAUUGAAUAAAUCAAUACAUUACAAGUCUUGCUAGCUUGGAGAGCUUUGACUAUUUUUAAAAUGAAAUGAUAAUUUUGUCCUUUGUUUGUUUGUAUUAAGUGAACGGCAAACUACCAACUCUUAAAUAAUUUUAGCUGACAACUAAAUGUUAAGAGAAAAGUAUGUUUAUUCAAUAAGAGUGCCUAAGGUUAAGUUUAAUAAUUAUCAUCGUCCACUAAUAUAACAUGAUUAAAGUGAUUCUUGUUAAUCA